CUAACACACACACACAUGAUAAGUGUAUAAUCUCAGCUUCUAUAAAAGGAUGUAAACCUGGUGAACAAGUAUAUCGCACCAAAAAAGAGCAAACUGUUUGAUAAAAAAAAAAAAAAAGAGAAUUCCUAACUAAAAUGGGAAAGCUAAAACGAGAAAGUCUUGCCAAGAAAAGCAAUGGAAUUUUGAAGCUUAAUGUGGUGGUAGAGAAGCUGCAAAAGAGUCUUUUGCAAGCCAAGAAAUGGGGACCAAGGAAUAACAAUAACAUUGGGGGGACGGGCCAAGAAACAGUCCCAGACGAUGUGAAAGAAGGGCAUUUCGCUGUGAUUGCAGCCGAUGAUGAAGAAGAAAAAAGAUUUGUGGUUCCUUUAGAGUGUCUUGGUCAACCGUCAUUUCAAAGAUUGUUGGAGAGAGCAGCCGAGGAGUAUGGCUUCGACCACGAGGGUGCACUUAUGGUUCCUUGUAGGCCAAGUGAGCUCGAGUGGGUGUUAACCGAGACAAGAGCUGCUGAUUCAGGAGAUGAUGAUGUACACCGUUGGAGUUCUUAUAAAAACAUAGUCGAAAGUUAUUGAGCCUUCGUACGUGUUCUUUCUUAAUUUGAUUGAUUGAUUAAUUACGUAGAUGUUGAAAUGCCCAAAUUUCUUUUUGCUUAA